UUUUUUUUUUUAUUGGUCUGAUGAUUGGUGUUGACGAAAUUCUCAAAAGACGGUUCCUUGAACUCAUCAAAUCUGUACAACCUGCUGGAAGAUGGAAGUUGGUAGUAGUUGACAGUUUAUCCUUAAAAAUACUCAACUCUGCAUGCAAGAUGUAUGAUAUUUUAGAAGAAAAUUCAAGAACUCCUUAUCCUAGUGUGGAAGCUGUCUAUAUAUUAACACCUUGUAUCGAAUCCUGUUCUCGUCUCGUGGAUGAUUUUUCUCGAAAGGAUGGUCCUAUGUAUGCAGCUGCUCAUGUACAUUUUAUCAAUGCUCUUGACAAUGUUGUUUUUGAUGAUUUCACUCGCAAAUUGAAUGCCGCCAAUGCAGCAAAACAUAUUCAAGGCUUGAAGGAAAUGUAUGUGGAUUUCUUAGUACGCGAACCAAAUGUUUACUCCUUGGACGAUGAACGCAAGUUCUCUGCUUUGUUUGGUAGUGAUAAUUCAAAGGGAGGAAACAGAUCUAGUACUUCGUCAAGUAUUGAUGGUGAAUUGGAUGACAUGGCAAAACAAAUUCUUUGUCUUUGUGUUACUCUUGGAGAAAACCCUCAAAUUAGAUAUCAUCGACCAUUGGACGUACAAGGAACUAUCAAUCGAAAUAUACCUUGGCAUCUUGCGAAAUUGGUACAAGCUGAAUUGGAUAAUUUUUGUAAAGUGAAUCCUGAAUUUCCACCUCCUCGUGAUCCUCCAUUGCCUCAAGGAACACUUAUCCUAUUGGAUCGAACAAUUGAUCCUAUUGCUCCAUUUUUACAUGAAUUCACAUACCAAGCAAUGUUGGCAGACUUAUUGGCUGCUGAAGAAACGCCUGCUGGACUCAAGUACUCAUAUGAAUAUACACAAGAAGAUGGAACCAGCAAGGAUCAUGAAAUUACUUUGAAUGAACAAGAUACAGUGUAUACUUCCAUUCGACAUAUGCAUAUCGCUAGCACCACUGAACAACUUAUUGAUGAUUUCAACAAAUUUGUGGCUGAAAACAAAGGAUCUAGUGGAAACGAGUCCUCUGUCCGUAGUUUGAAUGAUAUGAAACAAAUGAUUGCCAAUCUCCCACAAUUCCAAGAAAUGAAAAACAAGUUUUCUGCUCAUAUGACAAUUGCCAAUGAUUGUAUGUCAGAAUUUACAAAACAAAAUUUGGAAACGAUUGGUUUGUUGGAACAGAAUAUGGCUUGUGGAGAAACACCAGAUGGGCAUACACCCAAACAUUUGGUAGAUGAAUUAGUGCCAAUAUUAGAUGAUCCUUAUACUAGUCAAAUGAUCAAAACUCGACUUAUCAUGUUAUGGAUAGCUACAUCGGACAAGGUUGAUUCUGAAGAAUUACAGCUAUUGAUGGCACAUGCAAGAUUAGAUCAAGAAUACAAGGAUGCUAUUGAUAAUUUAUCUCUCUUAGGCGUACAGUUAUCGAAGUCUGCCAACCGUACAGGUCAGAAAUCCAAGAAAGAAAAGAAAAAGCGCGAAAGUGUGACGAAUCCAAAUGAUGUGCCCUUUGAUUUGAGUCGUUACGUACCAGUGGUCAAACGUGUAGUAGAAGGUCAUGUCAAAGGUACUAUUGAUCAAAGUCUAUUCCCAUUACUUCGUGUGGCUGCUCCUGAAAAUCAAAAGGCUGAUGCAUCCCAUUCUCGUCAACAAGUUCCUCAACUUCGUGUAUAUAAGACUCAAUGGCAUAAGAAAUCAAGUGGAAACAAUGCUGCACUUAAACCACCAUCUGGACCACCCAUCAUCAUCUUUAUUGCUGGAGGUAUGACUUACUCUGAAGUUCGAUCUGCAUAUGAAUUGGCCGAGUUAUUUGAUCGUGAAGUUUAUAUUGGAUCCACUCAUAUUAUUGCCCCUGAAAAAUUCGUACAUUCUCUUAGCAAUUUAGAUAAACCCAUUCCCCCCGCCAAAUCAGUGGUACCCCGUUAUGCACCCAAUAGUCUUAACGUCACACCUCCAAGGACAUCCUCCUCCUCUACAUCUCAUUCAUCCACAUCUAUUCCUUCAUCAUCCUCUCGUGGAAAACUUUUGAAAAAGUGGUAGAAAUAAAAAAAACCAAUAGUUAUUAUUAUCUGAAUGAAUAUAUAUAAAUGAUUAAAGUUGAUGGGUAUAUUUAGUUUAAGGGUUCGGGUCAUGAAAUCAAAAGAUGAUAAAAAGGUCAAAACUCGAGAGACUAACUACAAAACCUCCUCUCUUUGUAUAAAAUU